AUGGAGAAAGCUACACCAGCCAAAGAGCUGAACGCUGUUAUUUUGGGAUCAAAAAGCUCCCACAAAUAUCUCGUUGGAAACAUCAUUCUGGGAACAAGUGCGUUUGAUGCAUCAGAUGCGACAUUUGAUGCUGAGAGGCGAGAGGCAGAGGUAUUUGGGCAAAGCGUGACGCUGGUAAAUGCCCCCGGGUGGCUGCGAGGAUAUAACCUCUGUGAUACGCCAGAAAUUGUCCGGGCGGAGGCGAUUCUCAGCGUCACGCUCUGUCCACCUGAGUUGCAUGGAUUUAUCCUGGUGAUUAAUGCUGAGCAGCCAUUCGGAAGUGUACACAAGAAGGCAACCAAGCAGCACUUGGAGCACUUUUUCGGGGAGAAGGUGUGGGAUCACACUUUUGUGGUGUUCAUCCACAGAGACCAACUAGGCCACAAGAAUAUUGAGCAUUACAUCAGAGAAGAAGGGGCGCCGCUGAAGUCCCUCCUGAAGACCUGUGGCAACAGAUACCAUGUUCUUUGCGGCGAAGGUGCAGACAACAGCGUGGAGGUCAAAGAGCUGUUUGAGAAGAUUGACGCCAUGGUGUCAGAGAAGCAUUGUUAUGAAGUUGAGAGCACACUGGUGAAAAGUGUGAAGGAGCGGAGGAAGGAAGUGGACGAAAAAGCAGAGAAGUUGUGUCAGCAGUCCCAACAACACAGGCAAACACUCAGAAAUCUCCUGUUAGACCCAAAGCCCAAACUGAGGAUAUUGAUGGUCGGCUGGGUGUUUUCCGGGAAGAGUGCCACUGGGAACAGGAUUCUGAACGCUCAAGUGUUUCAGUCUGGUGACAGGACCAUGAAAGUCUUAAAGCAAAUUGGCAAGGUGGCUGGAAGAGAGGUCAUCAUCGUAGACACUCCCGGAUGGUGGAAAUUCUUCCCAGCAAUCUUCACCCCGGAUGCCAUGAAGUCUGAGACCUUAAGCGGCCUGUCGCUGUGCUCGCCUGCACCGAAUGUCAUUGUGCUGGCGGUGCCACUCGACACGUCGUUCACCGAGGAACAAAGGCGAGUCACUGAGGACAACAUGAUGAUGCUCGGACUCAGAGCGUGGAGACACGUAAUCGUGCUGUUUACUUUCGGGGACGUUUUGGGCAGAAAAACAAUCGAGCAACAUAUUGAAAGUGAAGGAAAGCCUCUCCACUGGCUCAUUGAGAAAUGUGGAAAGAGGUAUCACGUGCUGGACAACAGGAGCAGUGCUGAUGAUCAGGUUAUAGAGCUGCUGGAGAAGAUGGAGGAGAUGGUUGCGGGAAACAGCUCUUUCUACCUCAGUGAGACACAUGAUCCACAAGCUGAGAAAGACGGAGGCGACAGGUUAAGUGAGAAAAAAGACGAGAUCACAGAGCAUCUUAACAUCGAGUGGAAUCGCAGGAACUGGGAAAGAUACCACAUCUUGAAAGGAAACCACAGCAUGGAUUUACCACUAACCUUUAAAAAAGACACAGAGACGUCUGAGGCUCCAGCAAGAGAAGAAGGAGCGACAGAGCACCGACAUGAAGAUGACCAUCUGCCAGAAGAAUCCGGCGCUAGUCUAGAUGUUGAGAGUGAAGAUGAUGCAUGUUCUGGCUCUCUGAAGAACAUGAAGGGACUGCUGGAGAGAGAGUGGAGCGUCGAUGGAGUUUCACCACUAUCUCUGUGCAGAGAAGAGAGACAUCUCUGAACCGGAUCCUGAUCAGCUGCAGAAAUCCAGAGAUAAAGUGCUGUCAUGGCUGAAAAACCAACAUACAAAAUCAGGGAAUAAGCCAGAGAAAGAGAACAAACGUGGGAAAAGGCAGUCUGUUCUUCAGCCCAAGAAACAAAC